UCUUGGUCAGAGUGGGGCCCCUGUUCUAAGACUUGCAGCGGCGGAGUACAAAGCCGAUUCCGAAACUGUACCCAGUCUGAAAGAGAAUGGCACAACUGCACCAAUAACAAAAUACAGAAAUCCAGACUUUGCCAGAAUAGGCCAUGUUCAGGUAAGAAAAUGAGACUGUCUGUUACGCACACGUUCGGUCAGAACUUGCAAGAAAAAAGAGGUNCCCCCCCCCCCCCCCCCCCCUUAUCUAAGGGUCUGAAUGACCACCCCCUCCCCCCCACAACCCCCUUAUCUUAAAGUCUAAAUCCGGCACUGAUUUGAAAUUAUUUUUCCUUUUUUGUUAAGAUUUUGCUAUUAAAUGUUACCAGUGUCAUGGUUCAGAGGAGUAUUGUCAUCACAGUUUACUACAACGAAACCAAACCAGAGACGCUUGUAACAGAAAUCACGAUAGAUGCAUUUUAAAGUGGUUUGAGCUCGAUAAUGGAAAUAAAGAAGUUACAAGGGGUUGUGGAAGCGAAGAGGAAUGCAGAUUGGCGAGCGAAAAAUGCAACAGAAAAACAGUUUCCUACACCAAAUGUCAUGUGACCUGCUGUGGGCAUCACUACUGCAAUGAAGGCAGCCUGUUCGGCUGUCGGCUUCAUAACACACACGUUAUAAUUUUUGGAGUUUACAUGUUAUUGAUACUUUAG